GUGAGUUCUUCAAGCUUCUUCUGUGAGUUCCGUCUGCUCCGUACGCCGAAAGCAGAAUUUUAGGGUUUUCUUUGAGCUUCUUCUUCCUUCUUUCGUUCCUCUUCCUUGCUUGCUAAUAAUCCUUCUCCUUCACUUGCAAAUUGUGGAUGGUCCGAUUUUCAGAGGCAACCGUCUUCGUGCUCGUCGUCUUCGCAGUCCCUCUCGCAGUCCGAUUUUCAGAGGUAGUCUUCAUGCUCGUCUUCUUCAGUUCUUCGUAGCCGUUCUUGUCGUCUUCAUGUAACUGCAGAGACCUUCCUUUUGAUUUUCAGCCCCAGCUACAUGGAUUCAACCGAUAUGGAGUUUGAUGGAACUACAACUGAUGCUUCAAAAAAUGAAUGAGAUGCAGAAGAAACGGAUGCCAAUAAAAAUAUCAUUGAUGUUGAUUCAGCAAAUGAGAUAUCAGUUGUUCCAAACCAUCGAAAAGAAGGAAGGCGGUGAAAAAAUCCAUGGUUUGGGAUCAUUUUGAGAAGCUAAAAGGUGAUCCUAAACACCCUCAUACUCAAUGGUCUUUGUACACCACUUCGAAUAUGGUUUUUCAUCAGAUUACAAUGGCUCAUAAUUGUAUACGUUUGAAUGCUGGUAGUGCAAAUGUAAUGCUAGUUGGAAUGGCCAAUAGCAUGAAAGCCAAAUUUGAGAAGUAUUGGGGGAACAAUGAAAAAAAUAAUUUGUUGUUGUAUGUUGCUAUUGUGCUAGAUCCUCGAAAAAAGAUAAGGUUUGUAUCUUUUUGUAUUAAAAAAUUUUUUGGGCCAGGGUUGCCAAAUCUAUGAGAAAUGUAGUGGAACAAUGUUGUAGACGUCCCUUUCAUGAGUACAGUAUUACUCAUACUUAGAGUGGGAGUGAGAGUGGUAAUACUACUACUAAUACACCAAUUGUCCCAGCCUCGGAGACCAUGAUUGAUUGUGAUCCAACUGAAAGGUGGGUGAAGACUUUGUCUAUGAUACAAUUGAUCUUGAUUUUGAAGGCGAUGAGACUACACCUUUCGAACAGAGGGUCAGAGAUUGAUAUUUAUUUGUUGAAAGCGAAUGUUAAGAAUGAAGGUGAUUUUGACAUACUUCAAUGGUGGAAGAAGAACAGUCAUCGGUUUGAGGUUCUUAGUCAUAUGGCUAGAGAUAUUUUGGUAAUUCCAGUAUCUACUGUAGCGUCUGAGUCGGCUUUUAGUAUAGAAGGACGUGCUGUUGAUUCAUCUCGUUGUUCAUUGGCUCCAAAAACAGUGGAGGCUCUCAUUUGUACUCGAAAUUGGCUAAAUUCGGGUCCAAUAGAUCUUGAAGUUCAGAAUGACAUGGAAGAAACUUCAUUAUUUGAAGAAGAGCGGUUAUGGACAAUGAACAAGACAUUCAAGACCUUAUGGAUUUUGCAAAGUUGUCCGUUAACGAUUAAGCAUUUAUCAUUUGAUUUUAUUGUAAUUGGGUUGUAUUUGACAAUAGACUUUAUGUUUUAUUGUAAUUGGGUUGUAUUUGAUAAUUGACUUUAUGUUGUAAUUUCUAGUUUGAUUGUAUUGUAUGUGAGUGUGACUAUAUGUCAUGUGACAUUUCUAUUUGUGA